AUGGUGGCCGAGUUAGCCGACAUUUCCACGGCGACGGUCGACGGAAAGUCAUCGGCGGUCGGCACCACGAAACACUGCAGGCUACCCAAAUGGAUCCAAACGGCGACGCGCGAUCCGAUCUAUAGCGUUCUGGACAGCAACGAGUGCAUCGCGGCGAGGAGUUUUCCUCCGGGUGCCGGCAAGAUCGUGGUGAUCAGCGCGGUGAAGAGCGCACCGAGCCGGAAGCUGGAAAACGAGCAGCGAGAAUCACCGCGCGUCUGGUCGCCAUCCCAAAAUAAAGCGUCGCCGAUCCUUGAGCCCGAGGACGAGAGCACUCUCUACAGCGUGGUGAGAAAACCGAAGAAAGUGCGGUUGUUGGAAACAUCCUCCGAGACGAACGAGGAGACGACGAUUCGACCUGUCGACAAGAUUCGGGACAUUGAUCCCGAGCAGCAACAGUUAGACUCAGAAGACGCGUCCAAGCGAGUUGAGGUAAGCAAGUGGCUCUACGACACGCCUAGACAAUCCCUCCCGGAUCCGCCGGAGAUGUAUUUCGAUCGUUCCGGGUACGAGAACACCUGGCCUGAGCAGGAGAGCUCGGUGGCACUGCCCCGAGGAGUGGUGGGCCUGGUGGGGCCCUACAGAGUGUACGGAAAUCCCAAUGAGAGGAGAGAAUACAUGCUGCAAGAGGAAGAACUUGUCGAAGAGGUAAUGGACUCCACGAGUGAUAAAGUACAGGAAGAAGAGAACAAGGAAGAGCACCGUCAGCGAGCGAAAUGGAAGAUCAGGGAGGACGGCGAGGAGACCUUGAUGCCGGAUAUCCGAAACCUGUCAGGUUUCGCGGGAACGAAUAUCGGCAAGAGGGAGGAGAGUGACGACUGGAAGAGCGGACGGGGAUCAGUGACGAAGGUGGAUAAGUCGGAUUGUAUCGAGGGGAUUCUACCCGGCAAAGAGGAGCGCGCGGUAGAUGUACCGGACACGGUCUCCGCGAUCUCGACGACGUCGAUGAAGGGGAAAUGGGCGGGCAAUGAGCAGCACGACAAGGAUAGCCUGAACGAGACCGGAAGUACAACGGGUGGCACCGUGGAGGGCACGCCGGGUGGCGGCCCCAGCAGGGGUGACAGGACCAAGGACAAGGAGGACCACGCGUCCGCGCAGGCAUCCACCUCGGCGCCACCUCCGAGAUCCUUGGUCUCCAGAAUCCUGGCGAGGGCACGGUCGCCUGAGGAUCUGCUAGAUCAUUCGGAACCCUACUCGCAAUUAUGGGUGGUUCUCUCAAACGUGUACGGCGAGCUGAUCGUCGUGUUAACACUGGCGGUAUGCUUGGCCGAGGUCAUGGACACGCCUGUGCCUCUGCUCAGCUUGCAGGGCAUAUUUCUCAUGUACCUCUACGUGGGCAGCAUCGCCGUCAUCAUCGCUAUCUACAUAUGGGUGCUGGUUGACAGCUGCGGCAGCUUAAGCCGAGGUGGUAACGGGCUCGGAGACGCGGAACUCGGUGGCGCGUCGCUCACCAGAUUCGGAUCAUUAAAACGGGCGCACAUCUCCAGGGCCAGGACGGCACCGACGAGUUUCUACAUACGAGUCGGCGCGCUCCUGUUCGGCCUGGCGACGCUGGUCUUCAACGGUCUGGAGAUGGCGAUGCACUCGAUGAUGCAGGGUGCCGAGUGCUUGACCGACGUCGUCUUUGUGCAUCCGGUGCUGCACGGCUUGUUCACCUUCUUGCAGAUGCACUUUCUCUUUGUAAACUCGCAGGUGCUCGUAGAGCGCUUCGGUCUGGCAGCCAGAUUCGGCUUCACGCAUCUCGCGGCCACGAAUGUCGCGGUCUGGGCGCGUCUGGUGAUUUGGGAUACCGCGCAAGAAUGGACGUAUUUUGUACACCUGGCGCAACACGAGCAGCAAACGUCCGUAUCGCCCUUGAGUCUCCGAGGAUUCCCCGGUUCCUUGACGAGACACUCGCGCGAUCUUAUAGACGAUUCGGCGAGGAAGGGAGGCCCCUUCAAACCCUACCAACCUGUUUCGAACGAGCAAAUCUCGCAAGUAAUCGCGUUGCAAGAAUGCUUGAACACUAAUACCUUGGGGCAGCUGUGGACUUCAAGUAUGCCUUUCUUAUAUCCCUUUAUCGUACAAUUUAGUUUGAUCGCCGCGGCGGUGACCUUCGUGAUGGGUCAGAACGUCGGCCGGAGUCGAUUGACUAAACAAAAGUUCCACGGCAGCAAGGACUUGAGUAGCCACACCAGAGUAGGUUGCGAUGGCUCCAGCAAGGGCCUCUUCCUGGGUAUUCUCUGCAUGGUCGCUGGUAUCGUGGUGAUCCUCAUCUUCCUCGUCGUGCGAGAGGACGAGAACUUCCCCUCCGCCACCUUGUCGUGGCUCACGUGCGGCACUCUGAUCGGCAUACUGACGCUGAGUAGCCUCAUGACAGCCAGUGGCCUAGUGCAGGUGCGCCAGAUCUCGGUAGUGAUCCGAGCGCCAGCCGCUCUGGACAGCCUCCUGUCGAACGUGUCGCUUUUCGGGGUGCAACUCUACUCCGUCUUCACCAUCGUGGUGUGCGCUUGCUCGCUGGCCAUGUCGGAUCACGACGAGACCGAGGACACGCGGGCCAGGCAUAUCAUGCUGCUGUCGAUGUCGAUCCUGCAGCUGGUGCAGUGCUUCGCGCAGAGCACCCUGAUCGCCGAGACCUCGCGACGCUCGUGCAUAACGCGCUUCCAAAUGCUGGCGAAGCCCGGUCGCCAAGUGAUCACUUUCCUGCUGUUCAGUAACGCCGUGCUCUGGGCCUUCGACACCGUCAUCACGCAGAACUGGCUGUCGCAGGAGCUGCAGCUUCGAUUCUUCGGCGUGCUCGCCUGGGGUGUGCUGUCCAGGAUCGGGCUGCCUCUUCUAAUUUUCUACAGGUUCCACAGUUGCGUGCUGCUGCUGGAGGCAUGGAACAAGUGUUACAGAACGCCACGGGGGGAACACCCUCUCAACUGACAACGCGGAAUCUCACGCAGACUCUCGUGCAGACUGCAUUCUGGCUUGCAAGAACCUCGCUGUCCCGGGAGAUCAACGCCGAUGGGCAACGGAUAUGCUUACAAGCGGCUGCUGCAUCCGAACCCGCUGUCGUUGGACGCGAUGCAUCUUCUCCCCUACGUGGACAGCGCGAGCUGGCUGUACCUGGAUCCGAAUCCCAUUUUUCCCGUACGCCUACCGAGUCUGGAGUGCGACGCGUCGUUAAUACCCGAACAGCACCGUCACCACCAUCACCACCGUCACUAUCAUCAUCAUCACCGCCACCGCAGCUGCCAGAGGAGACAUCGCCGAGUACUGAGCGAUCCCGGAGGCUGGAACGCCGGUAUUCGGAUGGACGCGACGCGACACCGGCGAGUACUCAGCAGCGCCGGCAUCGAUCUAAUGCGAGCGUCGAUAGACGAGGCCAAUGAAGAUAAUCUAUCGCCCGAGGAGGAGACAAGAGCGUCGACCUUCAGAAAAGUGCCAUGGCACCCUAAUUUGCAUAUGCUCAAAAUUAGGAGAACGUAGCGCAGUUGUGCGACUGCAACGAAGAACGGAAGCGAGUGUCUUGAACUGACAAGAAUCUAAAAGAAGUCUCUCGUAAACAAGUCCAAUCUCUUUGUAAGAGGUUUUUUUAGAAUUUCGCAUUAUUUAAGGCUGAAUUGUCAUAAAUUUAAGAGAUAAACGCACGGAGCAGGUUUAUGUCAAAUUUAUGAUUGUACCGUCCAUAUUGUAGUUUUCUUUAGUAAAUUCUAGAUAACUCGAAGUAAACUAAUUCUGUAAUUACGAUUUCGCGAUUUAUCCUAAAUUACUUUAAGUACUAGCUAAACUGAUAGUCUACGCACGAUACAACUUCGAGUCGAUUUAAUACGUCAUUUGUUUCCGCGCAACUGUGACAUAUUACUUUUAUAAAAGAUGCGAAAGAUUUCACCACAAAGAAUCGGAAUUCGCGGAAUGUACGGAUCGUACUUGUUACUUCAGGAACAAUUUAAGAUAAUUUAAUUUUUCCGUAUCUGAAAUAGAACGCUCUUCCACAAUGA